UGAGAACUACACCGAAGCAACGACUUUAAAAAGCAAAAAGGGACCAGAAAAUUCUCAUAAUAUAAGUGAAGAUUCAACUCACCAUCUCCAGAAAUCAGCAAACCUGAAGCCAAAAGAUCACUGCAUCAAUGGCCAUUUCGAAGCAGCUCCAUCUACUCUUUCUUCUCUCAGUAUUUUUCGCCCUUCAUCGUCUUGUUCUUUCCGACACCGGUGAAGAAGAUCUUCUUAAAGUGUUCAACGAUGUUAGAACAUCACUAAAGCUAAAAACCUUAACAAAGAACAAAAACGCAGACUGUCUCGCAGACGAAGUCGCAGACCAACUCAAGAGCCAAACCUGCACAAACACCACUGACUUCACUUUAGUCCCUGAAAAAGAUCCUAGAAUCCCAAAUUUCCCUAACCUCCUCGCUAAAUGCAGCCUCAACACAAGCGUAAUCAGAGACGGCGAGAUAAUGAAAGUUUGUGCUCCUAACCAUGAUCCGAUCCCUGUCUUGAAAAAUUUCAGCCUUGUCCUAACCAAGAACUUGAAUGAUUCUAAGUUCACUGGAAUUGGUAUCGGUUCUGAUAAAAACUGGGUUGUAGUUGUCCUCACUACAAACACACCCGAGGGUAGCUAUUCUCUAGCCACUAACUCCUCAGGAGCUUUUGCAUUCGGAGUUAAUGGCCUUGUUAUUUCUUCAAGUUUGUUGCUUCUUCUCUUUUGUUUCCUCAUGUUUUGACCAGCGUUUUUGGUGUUUUUCAUAAGUCACCUCGUUUGUCUUUGUUUCUUAAUAUGUUGUGCUUGUGGUGACAAUUUGAUAAUUUCGUAUGGCGUUAAAUUUUAAAGAGAGAAAAUAAAAUACAAAGUUUCUUAUGAUCUCA